CUAUGAGCGAGACACCAAGCUCUGAAAAUCUAUCACACAUACACACCACACACAAGCUUGCUAUUUACGUAUGUGCAUGCGUAGCGUGGCCGGUGCAUUUUCUACUUUCUGUUAAUAAUUAGUAGUGAUGAUGAUAUAUUUAAAUCAGAAUUAAACAGUAUGGAAAAUUUUAACGAAUUUGAGGUCAAUAAUUUGUUACAUAAUUCUGCAGUAUAUUUUGAGGAUACUAAAAUAUCAUCAGAUAGUUUGUCUUUAAUGGAUAUUAAUAUUAUACAGGGGAUUGACGAUAGCCUAGUAAAUGUAAAAGAUCCAGCGACAGAUCCUCUUUUUAUUAGCGAUUUGGAAGAAAAUGACAUUGAUACAUCACUUAUGGAUUCAAAACCAGUAGAACCAGUAAAAUCAGUUUGUGCUGAUAAACAAAUUAGUAAUGUUAAUAAUCCUUUUGAGAAACAAAAAUAUAUAUAUAAGCUGAAUGAAAAAGAGAAACAUGUUUUAAAAGAAUUGGAAAAUAUACAAAAUUGGGAAAAAUUGCCAUUACCUUUCGUAAAGAAAUUGCACGAACUAUCUGUAAAACUAACGCAUAAAGUGCCUCCGCAACAUAAAAUAGAGCUUACUGGAUCACAUGCACCAACGAGGAAAGAGAAAAAAUUAUUUGAGAAACAUGGACCACUUCGAAAGGGAUUAUAUUCACCUAUGGAAGAUAAAAUUAUCAGAAAAAACUGGGAAACAUUUUGCCAGCUUCAUGAUUGGGACAAAAAUAUUGUUAAACCAUUUCUUAAUUGGAGACAUAAUGGAAAAUAUUAUAUACAUAAUGUGAAAGAAAGACAAAAAUUUGUACAAUUUUUGGCAAAUGGAUUACCUUGGCGGACUUUAUAUAGUGUAUAUUCCAGAUUCAAAAUAUUAUAUUGUAAAAAAAUUACUCAUGUUCGAUAUUCUUCAAAAGAAGACAAAAAAAUUUUAAUGUAUAUACGGAAUAAAUAUCUCGAUCAGCGUGACACUAAAUAUGUUGAAUUGGCAAAGUUACUAAAACGAACAAGACGAUCAAUUCUUAAACGAUAUCAAUAUCUCAAAAAGAUUGAAGAUUCAGAAGUAGAAUCAUUACCAAAUAUUAAAUGGACAUUACCAUUAAUCAAAAAGUUUAUAAAAACUUUACUUAAUAUAACAUUAAGUGAGAAUAUAAAGGAAUUAAAAGGUGCUAUAAUUCCGAAGCCAGUGUGGCAAAAAAUGGAAGAGAAAUUAAAUAUACCUGAAAACGUUUUAAAAACAUUUUGGCAACAUCAGUUGCAUCUGCAAUUAUUUAGUUCACGUGCUAUCUAUUUAAAUGAUAUUAAGAUACAAUUAAUUGAAUAUAUGUAUGAAAAAGGAAUAGCAAAUACUCGUGAAAUUAUAUGGUCUAAUGUCGCACGAUAUUUUGAUGGAGCAACUGCAACAUUUCUUUGUAGAACUUUUUUUUACCUAAUUCAAGAAUGUAAUAUGCAAAAUUCGGAAAACUUUGCCGAUAUUGUAGAAUAUCUAUAUCAUACUAAAAUCCCCGAAAUUAAAGAGGCUCCAACAGAUAAGUUCCUACCUAGAAUUAUAUAUCAAAAUAAAAAGAUUUAUUUAUUAAAUGAAAAAGACAGUAAUAAUGUAACUAUAGCCGACAAUGAUGAUUAGGAUUAUAGUAUUGAUUGUAACAUUAAUAAUCUAAUCUCUUG